CUUUAGACUUGAAGCACGGUUUUGCUUGUUUUUUCCUACAAAUGGAGGCAAGAACAGUUGGCGGGCGCGUCGAGAAGUCAUCGUCACUGCACUGCUUGCUCUCUUCUUUCCAUGGGAGACACAGCACCAUGGAGUUUACUGCCCCUCCUCUCCCUAUUUAUCUCACCACAUCCGUAAUUUCAUUAACAAGACACAGACAUGGUCGCAGGUGAUUCCAUCUUCUUCUUCUUCUUCUUCCUUCUCAUUGCUUCCUCCGCCAUGGCUUCCGGUGGCUGUGUGCAUCCAGCAAGAGCUGGAUACUUGUCUUCUUUAUCUGUUUUCUCUGCUGGAGCUUGUGGAUAUGGCCCCAUGGCGUUGGGCUUCAAUGGUGGCUACGUUGCUGCUGCGACGUCUACUCUUUACAGAGGCGGCGUUGCCUGUGGAGCUUGUUUCCAGGUGAGGUGCAAGAACAUGAAGAUUUGCCACAGCGAAGGUGUCAAAGUGAUCCUCACGGACCUCAACGAGGGGAAUGGCACAGAGUUGAUUCUCAGUCGACCGGCGUUCAUGGCGAUGGCGCAGCACGGAAUGGCCAAAGAGCUGAAGAAACUUGGCACUGUGGAUGUGGAAUACAUGAGAAUUCCAUGCGAGUUUGGAAACAAGAAUUUGUCCAUCAGAGUGGAAGAACAAAGCCAGAAGCCUAAUUAUCUGGCAAUCAAGUUCCUGUACCAGGGAGGUCAAACUGACAUAGUAGCAGUGGAUAUAGCAGAGGUUGGGUCGGCACAUUGGCAGUCCAUGAGCCGGGUAAAAGGACCCAUGUGGAGCACCUACCGAGCGCCCGCCGGACCGUUGCAGAUUAGACUGGUGGUGACUAGCGGUUAUGAUGGAAAGUGGGUUUGGGUUCGGAAGGAGAUAUUGUCGGUCCACUGGACGACUGGUUCGGUUUAUGAUUUGGGGGUUCAGAUCAGUGACAUUGCUGAAGAUGGAUGCUCAAGCUCCUAAAUCUGAAGCAAGCGAGACUAACCAGACUCGAUUGCCAUUUUAGAUGUACACAUGUGUAAAAUUGCACAAGAUCGAAGCCAUUGAACAGGACAUGGAUU